AUGGGCAUAUCCUGGUUGAUCACAACAUUGCCUUUAAUAGGGUAUGCUCAAGUUGCUGCCUUGCCAUCGACUAGACAUCUUGAACCAGCCCCGGCGCAGCUCCCGUUCCAACCUCUCGAUCCUCAACGAUGGGUUAACCCAGACAAUAUGACAUGGGAAGACUACAAGAAGCCACCAGGAACUAGCUGGAAUGACCCUAAUCGCAAGGGCUCCGUCCGAAAUUUCAAAAUUGCUCUCGUUGCGAUCGACUAUUCGGAUACGUCUUUCGUUAUAUCAAUGAAGCCAGGAGCCACUGUAUUUGGUAACCCGCAGCCAGCGGCCAAUAAUAUUCCACGAAGCGACGUGCCUGCAUUUUACCGCGACUUUCUUAACAAGCCUGGCGAUUUGAACAGAGGGCACACAUUGCAUGAAUAUUGGAUGGAAGACUCUGCUGGACGGUUCGGUGUAGAGCUGACGGCGUUUGGGCCAUAUAAGCUACCAGCGCGGUCCUGGGAAUACGGUAUUGGUGAUGGCGGAUCUUGCCCAAGCAAAGGAAAAUGUGGUCAAGAUGCUCACAGAGUCGCUAUCAAUGCAUUCAAGAAAGAAACGGGCAAUGAGUCUGGAAAAUAUGAGCUCAUUUUUGUUGUGGCAGCUGGGCAUGACGAAUCAUCGACAUGGCAAGAAUUUGGAGAGAUGAAGUUCAACAGCAAGGACGAGAUUCCCGACGCGUUUGGGCCGCCUCCCGAUAGCGGAUCAAAAGCCAUGAAGAACGCUGCCACCACUCGUUACGUCGCCUGGACUAGUUGGCAAGCCGGUGCCACCAUCUGGCCUCACGCUUUUCCAAGUUCCUCAAUCCAGGGCGAGAGUUCGGGUAUGGGCGUGUAUGCUCACGAGCUCAGCCAUCUUCUGAAGAUCUGGGAUAACUAUAACAAUCCUUUCGGCAACCCUAUGAGGCGAUCAUUCACUGGUCCAUGGUCCAUGAUGUCGAGAGGAACCUUUAAUGGGCCAGGAGGCCCGCACACACGGUGGCAUAUUCCUCCAACCCAGGGUGGCGCCUUGGGAUCCCCACACACCAUGCGAGAUAAGAUUCAACUGAAGCUAGUAGAUGAGAGUAGAGUCAUAAAAGCCACGCGAGAUGGGUUGGCCAAGUCGGGGCUCAUCACGGCACAGAUUACUGCCCGUGUUAUUGCGGGAAAGACGAUGGGAAUUCGCAUCGACAUUGGCAAGGAUAGGGCUCCAAAAUGUGACACUAGGUCCGAUCCCUUAUGUGACGGCGGUGGCUACAACGCUUAUGAUAUUGAGGUUGUUGACCGGCUAGGCUCCGAUUCCUUCCAGGCAGAUUCAGGCGUUCUUAUCACGAAAGUCAAGUACAGUGAUAGCUCCAUGCCUUUCCAAUGGGUAAUCGACGCGAAUCCGAAAGAUCUUGGCCUCGUUGACUUUAUUCGUCCCAACAGUAAAGAAGCAAAGAUCACACUAGGUGAUUUUCGUCAGCUUCUUGACGCCCUGUUCCACGCUGGUGGUAAAUCCGGAAGCCAGUUUGAGCAUAUCGACAAAGAUAACGGCUUACAUAUAUAUGUGGUUGACCGUCAUCGAUCUCCUGAAGGAGAACUAUCAUACACUGUCGCAGUAAGAUCUCUCGACGGUAAAGGCCCUCAUACCCAGGCAGUUGAGGUUGCCCAAGGCGAGCCGGUGAAGCUGGAUAAGCAAACACCAACGACUACCGGAGUAUUUUGUUCUUUCACGAUAACCAAUAAGGGCAGCCCAAAGUUUAGCGAGUUGGACUCUGCUAACACCAAGAGAGAAGUAUAUCGACUAAAUGCUGCUGUUGAAGGGUCGGGUUGGAAGACUGAGCUGCCCAAUUCUCUAGUAGCAGCUGAAUUUGGCAAGUCUUCGACUGUUUUUGUAUCCAUGGGCGUCUCACCCGACGGUGCUGAUAGUGGUAUUAUUACCCUCACAGCCACGUCUGAGUCGGAUCCAAGUGUCAAGCAUGCCGCCAAGUGUACUGUAGCUAAGAAGUUUAAUGAGGCGAUACGAUAG